AUGACCAAUGUUAGCAUUGAAGCAACUUGGAAGUGUGCUCAGGCCCUUGAGGUUAUCAUCUAUGAUGUCAUUGAAGGACAGUGGCCCCUUUCGGAUUUUGCAAAACAUCUCCAAGAUGCAGGUACAUCUCCAGCCAAGGGUGAGGACUACCUACAACAGCUUACCCAACGUCUGGAGCAGCAAAAGAAGGACAGAGAGGCUGAGGAACAGCCAGACACCCAGUCUGGGGAACAAGCAGUCCGAGAAUCCACUCCUGAAGGCCUUGAUGAAGCCCAGGCAGUUGAGUUUCAUGCUUGGCGUGAAGUGCUCCUUGAGGAGUCCUUACCUGCCACUGUUCUUGCUCUUGCCCUGCAUCUGGCUGAACUCUCAACAUCUACCAUAUCUGAUCCCUACAUUGAGGAGACUUGGAAACUUUGGCAGGAGAUUGGAACAGACAAGACCAUUGACUCUCUUGUCAACCUUAUGCAGGUACAACCACUUGCAGAUCCCAUCCCUCACUCUAUCUGGUGUCUGGUCAUCAAAGAUUACUUUGUCAACUUUAAAAAGCAUUCUGCUUUGAUGGACAAAGGGGCUUGGAGCUCAGCUGUCAUGCUGGUUUAUUGCCACCGCUCUUUGGAGCUUCAAGGGUAUCAGCGUAGGGUCACUGAUUUAUUUUGUGCUGUGCCUCAUGACCUGUCAAUCACCAUCACUUUUGAUGUCGAAGCUUGUGAUCACUAUGUGAAGAGUCCUUUCCACAUGGACAAUCAGACUCAGCUCAAUGUGCCACUUUUGGCGCGCAUGGCAUUUGCUGCAAGUGUGAAGGCCAACACUGAGCAAAGGAUGAACCUGUCUGCAACACUCUCCUCCAGGCUUGACAAAGAAAAGGAGUUGGUGGAAGCUACCCAGAGAGCAGCAAAGGCAAAGGAAGGGCCUAGGUCUAUCAAUUUGGGGUUGAAGUGA